AGAUUUGAAGGCAGACAACUGUAAAGCACGUUGUAGCAAGAAGACCAUUUUCUCCCUAAGAAUCGCCCCAUCAAGAACUCGCCAUGGUUGACACCGAGAUGCCCUUCUGGCCCACCAACUUCGGGAUCAGCUCCGUGGACCUCUCCGUGAUGGAUGAGCACUCGCACUCCUUCGACAUCAAGCCCUUCACCACGGUGGACUUCUCCAGCAUUUCCACACCCCACUACGAAGACCUUCCGUUCGCCAGAGCAGACCCCACAAUUGCCGACUACAAGUAUGACCUGAAGCUCCAGGAUUACCAAAGUGCCAUCAAAGUGGAGCCCGCGUCCCCACCAUACUACGCGGAGAAGACGCAGCUGUACAGUAAGUCUCACGAGGAGCCGUCCAACUCCCUCAUGGCCAUCGAGUGCCGCGUGUGUGGGGACAAGGCUUCCGGCUUCCACUACGGCGUCCACGCCUGUGAAGGGUGCAAGGGUUUCUUCCGGAGGACAAUCAGGUUGAAGCUUAUUUACGAUAGGUGUGACCUUAACUGUCGCAUCCACAAAAAGAGUCGAAAUAAAUGUCAGUACUGCCGAUUUCAGAAGUGCCUUGCCGUGGGGAUGUCACAUAACGCCAUCCGAUUUGGCCGGAUGCCACAGGCCGAGAAGGAGAAGCUGUUGGCGGAGAUCUCCAGCGAUAUCGACCAGCUGAACCCAGAAUCUGCUGACCUCCGUGCUCUGGCCAAACACUUGUAUGACUCAUAUAUAAAGUCCUUCCCGCUGACCAAGGCAAAGGCGAGAGCCAUCUUGACGGGCAAGACCACAGACAAAUCACCGUUUGUCAUCUACGACAUGAACUCCCUGAUGAUGGGGGAGGACAAGAUCAAGUUCAAGCACAUCACCCCGCUGCAGGAGCAGAGCAAGGAGGUGGCCAUCCGCAUCUUCCAGGGCUGCCAGUUCCGCUCGGUGGAGGCCGUGCAGGAGAUCACCGAGUAUGCCAAGAGCAUCCCCGGCUUCGUGAGCCUCGACCUCAACGACCAAGUGACUCUCCUCAAAUACGGGGUUCACGAGAUCAUUUACACCAUGCUGGCCUCCCUGAUGAAUAAAGACGGGGUGCUCAUCUCCGAGGGCCAAGGCUUCAUGACCCGGGAGUUUCUUAAGAGCCUGAGGAAACCCUUUGGGGACUUUAUGGAGCCCAAGUUCGAGUUCGCUGUGAAGUUCAACGCACUGGAAUUAGACGACAGCGACCUGGCGAUCUUCAUUGCCGUCAUCAUUCUCAGCGGAGACCGCCCGGGCUUGCUGAACGUGAAACCCAUCGAGGACAUUCAGGACAACCUGCUCCAGGCCUUGGAGCUCCAGCUGAAGCUGAACCACCCCGAGUCCUCUCAGCUCUUUGCCAAACUGCUGCAGAAAAUGACAGACCUCAGACAGAUUGUCACAGAGCACGUGCAGCUCUUACAGGUGAUCAAGAAAACCGAGACGGACAUGAGCCUCCACCCGCUCCUACAAGAGAUCUACAAGGACUUGUACUAGCGGAGAAGUCCCUGCCCACUGGCCUUUCCUGCUUCCGGUUGCACUAUUAUUUUGAGGGGAAAUCUGACACCUAAAAA